AACAAUCCACAUGGCCCCAUACUCUCGCUACGUACCACCCAAGCCUACUGCGCUGGUCGCAGCCGAUACCACAAACGCCUCACAUGCCUCGGUCCCUCUGCAAACAAAACAAGUCAAGGUGCCCAAGGGCCCAUCACGAUCNCGACGACAAUGGCAGAAAAAGAGAAAGCGUGCAGAGAUAGACAACCCACCCACCGUCUCCGACACGGACAAUGGCGACCAUGCCCCGGCCAUUCCUAGCAAACACAGCGCCGUCUAUUCGAAGUUCCAAAAAGCUGCCCAACGAUCUGAGGCUGCUAGGGCCGCUGCGCCUGACGACGACAAUGUCGACUUGGCUGAUCAGCCCGAGCUGCAUGGUAUGCGCCCUUCAUCUCAUGCACUUGGCUGUGACUCGAGGAUUGACCGUCGUUUCUANGAUUUAAUCCCGCUGCCACAACCUGAGCGUGCCCCGACUCCCGACUUUGUGCCAUCCUUUUCCUCGCUGCCACAAUGGCUCGCUCGUCCCAUCGUCGUCUCACAGUCAACCACACGUCCUUUCAGUGACCUUUCCUUGUCNAAAAAGACUCUGGCUCACCUAAAACAAAGAGGCUACACGACUGCAUUUGCCGUUCAAGCUGCCCUGCUUCCUCUUCUCCUUCCGCAUCCCUAUCUUACCCAUCUUCCCCCAAACGAUAUCUGUGUCAGUGCCCCGACUGGUAGCGGCAAGACUCUGGCAUAUGUUCUUCCCAUUGUCGAAAACUUGCGCACAAGGCUCGACACGAAACUGCGGGCCGUGAUUGUGGUACCAACCAGAGAGCUUGUUGCCCAGGCAUGUGCCGUAGUGUCUACUUGCGCUCAAGGUUCUACCAUACAGAUUGCUCUGGCCGUUGGUAACCAAUCCGUCGCUGCCGAACAAGACUCGCUAGUCAANAAAGGUCGAUCAUACGACCCCGAACGCCAUCGUGCACUCAUGGAGAAGGCCAGAAAACGCCAAUGUUUUGAGCUGGAUUCGGAUCUGACUGACAUCGAGGCUACCAUGCUCGACGAUGUCGUCCGUCUGCCCACUGGUUAUGUCCCGACUUACAACUCAGCUGCUGAUCUCCUCAUUUGCACUCCUGGUCGCCUGGUUGAGCACUUGACUGCCACGGCUGGCUUCACUUUAGAUCAUGUCGAAUGGUUGGUUGUUGACGAGGCCGAUCGUCUAUUGGAUCAAAGCUUUCAAGAGUGGGUAGCAAAGGUUACCGCCGCUUUGGAUGUNUCAAAACCCCCAUCUGCACCCACUCCUGAGAUUGCUGCUUUGCGCCAUCUUAUGCCACGUCGCGAUAGAUAUGUCAGAAAAGUCAUAUUGAGUGCCACCAUGACCCGGGAUAUAUCCAAGUUGAGUGCUCUCAAACUACGACGACCGACCAUGAUUGUAGUCAAGACAGAAGCCGAGACUAUGGUUGAUCACGAGGCGACCGUAGCAGUUGGUGCAGAAAACUUUGAACUACCUACUACCCUUUCAGAGUUCGCGGUUCCUGUUGGCGAUGGCUCUGACAAGCCACUCUUCCUACUCGAACUCCUUCGUUCCAAGAUUUUUUCAAGCUCGUUACCCGGCUCAAAGGACAUCAAAGACGACAGCUCCACCGAGGCAGCAGCCCGUCUGCACCAUCUUAUCACGCACAUUGAACCAACAUAUAAAGCCACUACAUUACUCCUCACCAAAUCAUCCACGAACCUCAACCUAAACACCUCAUCUCCUCCUCGUAUCAUAAUCUCGACUGAUCGCGCCUCUCGUGGUCUAGACUUGCCGUCGCUUACGCACGUCAUAAACUACACUAUCCCGCGCAGUCUGGCAUCCUAUGUGCACCGCGUAGGCCGUACGGCGAGAGCAGGACGAAGUGGUGAAGCUUGGACAUUGUUUGCCGAGAAUGAAGGUCGUUGGUUCUGGAAUGAGAUUGCCAGAGCCACGGGCAUAGGCAGAAGCACAAAGGUCGAAAGAAUAAAUCUCAAGCUUGCCGUGGAGCAGCAAGAAGGCGGAGAGAUGCGUAACAGAUAUGUUGAUGCGCUUGAAGGCAUGAAGGAAAUCGUGACCAGCAAGAAUACCAAGUCCAGAAAGGCAAAAGGCAGAAAGGACGACGAUGUGGAAAUGACUGGC